CAUUCAGCUGCAUAAAUAAUUAUUUGUAAUAUUUUUGAGUUUGUUUUUGCUAUCUAAAUAAGACAAAAACUGUGGAAAGACCUUGCAGCGAGUGCACAAAUCACGAAUUAAAUAUUUGCCUUGGUUUUUGCGUUCGUUUUCGGGCAAAACGAACGCUCUUCCAGACACAGUCCGCACACACAUAAACGUCGACGUCAGUGGGCGACGCGCAAAAAAAAACCCCGAGAAUUGCGAUAGAGCAAAAGAGUGCACGCACAAGCUGAGGAAAAGCGAAAAUUAAAAGGAAUUUUUGCACUGGACUGGGAAAAACGCAAGCGCCAGCGCCAAUCGUGGAGAGUUGUUUUGUGAAAAAGCAUGAGCACAACCGCCGCCAGUCUCAUUGAGGCGGCUCUAAAUGCCAGCAGCAGCUUGGCUGCUAGCAACAUAACAACGACAACAGUGAAACCCAAUACCAAUUACGUUGUCCAAGUGAAGGAUCCAAUGAGUGCGCCCCUUGCGCCACUGCUCCAUGUGGGCGAUGGAAUAUUCCUGCAAACGAAGACCGCCCAGGUGCUAGCGGGUGUGUGUGUAUGGGCCGCACUCUUCAUCACCUGUCAACAGAUCUAUCAGCAUUUGCGCUGGUAUACAAAUCCACAGGAGCAGCGCUGGAUUGUACGCAUUCUGUUUAUUGUGCCCAUCUAUGCGACAUACUCGUGGAUCAGUUUGUUGUUCUUCAAUUCGGAUAAUGUCUACAUAUACUUUUUCACAGUAAGAGAUUGCUAUGAAGCCUUUGUCAUCUACAACUUCUUGUCGCUGUGCUAUGAAUACCUCGGUGGCGAGGGUAACAUUAUGUCGGAGAUACGCGGCAAACCCAUCAAGACCUCGUGCCUAUAUGGCACCUGCUGCCUGAAGGGCAAGACCUACACAAUUGGCUUCUUGCGCUUCUGCAAGCAGGCCACAUUGCAAUUCUGUUUGGUUAAGCCGCUGGUCGCAUUCAUUAUUAUAUUUCUGCAGGCCUUUGGGCACUACCACGAUGGUGAUUGGAGUGCCGAUGGUGGUUAUAUUUACAUCACAAUUAUCUACAACAUUUCCGUCUCGCUUGCCCUGUAUGGACUCUAUUUGUUUUACUUUGCCACGCGUGAUCUUUUGACUCCAUUCGAGCCCGUCUUGAAGUUCUGCACCAUCAAAUCGGUGAUCUUCCUGUCAUUCUGGCAGGGCGUCGGCCUGGCCAUACUGGAGAAGGCCAAUGUGAUCUCGCCCAUUGUGGACAGUGCGGGCACUGUGGCCACAGAGGCGGGCACUGUUUCGGCCGGCUAUCAAAACUUUUUCAUAUGCAUUGAAAUGCUUUUUGCUGCGAUUGCGCUGCGCUAUGCGUUCCCCUAUCAGGUAUAUGCACGCAGCUGCAUUAGCGAUGGCCAUGGACGUUCUGUCACCAUGCAGUCGAUUUCCAGCAGUCUAAAGGAAACCAUGAAUCCCAAGGAUAUUAUGACAGAUGCUAUACACAAUUUCCAUCCACAAUAUCAGCAGUACACGCAAUACAGCUCAGGUGGCAAGAACUCGCGUGGCAUACGCGUCUCCAGCUACGAUCCCGAUGAUCCCAGCUCUGGCGGCGGUGGAGCAAUGCAGGAGGGCUCACAGCAGCAGCAGCAGCAACUGACCAGCGGCGGCUACAAUGCAGUGGCCAGUGGACCACAGGCCUCCAAGACGUUGGGCAACCAAAGGAAAUUCGCACCGGGGGGGACAGCGUGUGGCAACAAUUAGCCAGAACUACAAUGAGAAGACCAUGCUGCUAAGCAGCGACGAUGAGUACCAGUAGAAGAGGAGGAGACAUAGAAAGGAACACUUGGAGUUUCCUGUAUCCAUUUUUAUAAUUGAAUUUAUCUGUUGUAUUCCCUUUGAUUCGAAUUGAUUUUUUGAUUGCUUGUACAAUAAUCUUAAGUAGCGAAAAAAAACACAAGAGAGAGAGAGCAUUGAAACCCUAUAGACAAUUAAUGAUGGUAGCCCACACACGGCUCUGUGUGUGCGUGUGUGUGUAAUGCAUUUUUUUGUACUUGUAUUCCAUAUAUGUAUAUGUAGCAUCUCUUCUGUAAAUUGUCCAACAAUAUUAUUGUAAAAGCGAUAAAGCUAUAAAUGAAACUGACAACUGACAAAAAUCUGAACAGAAAUCAAAAAUAGUAACAGACAAAAAACUGCACUUCUUGCGUCUCACGAACCGUCUACAGGCUGCUUCUACAAUAACAAAAAA